AGUCAAAAUAAUAUAAGGUUAUGUCAUGUAGAUAGGAGGUCAACAAUUUAAGAAUAAUUUUAUUACUAAUAUUAAUUUUACUAUCAAGGUCAGAGGUAUCAUCAAUUAGUUAUCUGUUUCCACAGUACAUGACUUCCUGUCCUUUACUGUGAUCUGUUUCUGUUACCAACAAAUUCCACUUUUUUUACAAACAAACCGAAUAGGGUGUGUACUUGAAGUUUAAACUGAUCAGUCUCGGUAAAAAUGGCUCACUGCAAGAUAUGGUUAGAUAACUACCACACUGGUCAAUAUUAUCCUGGCAGCCAAAUUCAAGGGAAAGUUGUUUUGAAUUUCAGUAGUGAAACUACAUUAAGAAAUGUCAAAGUGCGCAUGAUUGGCCAUGAACACACAGAGUGGACAACUACAGAAAGCUAUACAGAACUUGGCAGUAAUGAAUCAAAAACCAGAGAUGUAACAGUACAAUCAGACAAUUAUGUUGUGUCUACUGAAGUAAUUUUGCAUGGAGGACAUUCUGGAACAACUAAACUGCCUACUGGUCAACACAUGUAUCCAUUUAGUUUGAUACUACCCAAUAAUAUUCCUUCUACAUACAAUUGUCCAUAUGGAAGCAUCACCUACAAAGUUAUUGCUAUUGUUGACCGACCAAUGGCUUUUGACUAUGAGGAUACAUUCAUUUUCAUUGUUGUCUCAUUAGUAGAUCUGAAUUACCUUCAAAAACCUGACUUGCUGCAACCCACAAACUAUUCAGAUGAGAAAACAAUAUGCUGCUUUUGUUGUGCGGAGGGUCCAAUCAGCAUGGACGUUUCUAUUCCAAAAAGGACACUUGUACUAGGAGAAGUUUUGAAUAUUGCAGUUAGACUUUCUAAUAUGUCCAAUACUAAUGUAGAAGGACUGGAAUUGAAACUAAAACAGUUAAUUACCUGUAGGCAGACGGCAUCUGCGGAAGUGAAAACAGUUGAGAACUUAGCCGCAGACAUAAACGAAGUUGGAGUAGGAGCCCAUGGAGAACAUACGUUCACAUUACCAGUGCAGUUACCAAGUAGUUUUUCGGUUCCGAACUUUACGCAAUGCAAAUUGUUUAAAGUAAACUAUACGUACAAGAUCAUUGCCAAACUUCCGAACGUUCACAGUAAUCUAGUCAUCGAAACUUCCAUAGAAGUAGGAAAUAUCGACAUAAACCAGCAAGCACCCAUCGGAGGCUUUGGUAGUCCUAAUCCUACUUCAUAUCCAAUCGGUCCUUCUUAUCCAAUUAAUCAACCUCCACCAACGAACGGCGCCGGUUGGAACGGCGGUCCACAGUAUCCUCCUGCGAGUCAAUAUCCUCCUGGCGCUUAUCCUCCAGCUCCAACCCAACCAUUCCCACAACCUCCUGGGGCUUAUCCACCACAAGGUUAUCCGUCUGGUGCCUAUGGGGCCCCUUCUACAAAAGAAUACUCGGGAAAAGCACAAGAAGCAUCUGGGUAUCCUUCGGCACCUGCAGCUCCACCAACGGAACAACUUCCUCCUUCCUACGAUAGCAUCAACCCACAAAAGUAAGAUUUGAGCUGCCGAGACUAUUGUGAAGACUCAGGUACACAAAAUUGCCUUAUAUUUUAAGUUAUUUUAAAUGUUCGAUGACUUACUCAUAGGAUUUAAGAUGUAAAAUUAUUUGUUCAAUAUUUUUGUAAUCGAUAUUAGUUUGUAGAUUGUUUUUAUUAAAAAAACUGAAUGCUUAUUUACAGAUAACCGAACAAAUUAAAUACAAGAUAGAUUUCUGGUUGUAUUUAGCAGCUAAGAUGUAAAAAAUCGACACCAUUGCAACCACUUUGUUAGAUUUAUCUUACGCGAAGGUGCAUUUACGCUUUGAUAACCAAAAUCAAAUUAGUUAUUGAAUCUGGUCUUUAAUCUUUAAAAUUUUAAUUUACUUCGCGUCUUUUUGCAAAAUCUGGGACCUUCUUCAUUUUAAUGAUGUUAAAACCAUCUCCCCCUGGAAAUACCAGCAUAUUUUUUAAACUUUUAGACAAUACUUGUCUUCAUUGUUUUAGAUCAUUCAGUAAAAUACGCAUUUAACUCAUUCUUCGAGAAUAUUGUGUGACGUGUAGCUCUUUUAAGACGACAGACUCAGUAAAACACUGGUUACAAACAAAGUAAAUAUAUUUAGGAUAUUUAUAUAUAGUUCAAAAUAAAUAAAAUAUAAUUCUAUCUUCUGCAAAGGAAAAAUAACAUUAUACUUAUUAUUGUCAUCAAAACAUAAUAACAAUAUUAGAAUGAUACAAUACACAACACAAUAUAUACAAUAGCGAUCACACUACACGGAAUCAAACAGCGACACACAGUCGCUCAUGCAUCGUCUCCAGAUCGGAGAAGGCCACUAACGCUCACUGCGGAUACAGUUCCGGCGAAACCCCUCUUGAAUACAGAGCGCGUCCACCUCGGCAAAGUUCCAAUUCAAUCCAUUGCAUCUCUGCCGUUUGAGUUCUUCCUGGUUCAGUACGCCAAGAAGAACUGAUUUUAUGAUUCUCCUCGCUCGUCUUAAAUACACUCUCGUCUUAAAUAUUGUUAUUCGUUUUAAUUCUUGUACCUUUUUCUUUUAUGCAUAUAUUGACGCGUUUAUUUCUUGUGCUGUUUGCCUAAAUGUCCAUUUUUCUGUUGGGUUAAGUUAACGCUAUUAAUAAAUAGCUAGUUAUCUUCUUCUUCUUUGAGUACCAUACCAAAUUUAUGGUAUGGUACUUAAAGUGUGUAGCUCCCAUGACAAUUUGCCAAUAUUGUUCCCGAUCUUACGCGGCAUGUAACAAUUAUUCAUCUGCUGAUAAGCCAGUCCAUUGGCAAAGUUUUCGGAGCCAUAAAUAUUUCUUCCUGCCAAUUCCUUUUUUUUUCCCUUGGAUCUUUCUGUUGAGUAUUAACUAUUAUAUUAUCCAGUAUCUGCUACCUCUCAUUAUAUGCCCCUAGAUAGAAGCCAGGAUGUUUUAGACUGUUGUAGUCACAUUCGAGCAUAAUAUAUAAGUUGCAUAAUGGAUCCAGACAGCCUCAGUCCACUAAAUGGGGCAAGUUUAUUGACGAAAAUACGUAAUUGUUUGUUUGGAAAAAACAUCAAAUUUUAUAGCGUCUUCUUGAAGUAACUUUCGAAUUGUUGUAAGUUUUUGAUAACUGUUAUCUGUAAAAAGGAUUCAAUGUUUUGUCCCUUAUUUUAAGUAAAAAAGAAUUGUUGAUGUUGCGAAUAUUUUUAAGCGAAUGUUUAUUUAUAUUAGUUAUUGUAUUGACAAAAGCAUUUAAAAAAAAUAAUCUUAAAUUACCACUUUACGUUUCUUUAAACUUGUGUGUUCGCGCAAUUAUGGAAUACUGUAGUUUCAGCUCAAUAUUUUUUAUAUAUCUUAAAUUAUAUACAUACUGUAGUAAAAUAUUUACAUUGUGUUUUUGUAUUAUCCUCAAAGUAUUACGUUUGUUUAAUAAUAAAGACUUAAUCUAA